GAGGCCGUCUCCGUGCCCGGGUGGUGUCUGUGCGUCCGUCCGGCUGCAACAGGAAAUCCAACACCGUAGUAAGGGGAAAAAAAGCACUGCACUCUCCGCUCCUGCGGCACAGAGUAUAAAACCUCCUGGGAGGCUGAUAUUGAUCCUCCUGGGGGGCCGGGACCUGCCUGCAGCACUGUGCCCGCAAGAGAGGGGGCUCCUCUCCCUGCAGCUCAGGGCUGCUCCCGUGGCCCGGCACCAUGGCCACGGGCGAGCUGACCGAGCUGGAGAUGGCCAUCGAGAAGAUCGUCACCGUCUUCUUCACUCACGCAGCGAAGGAUGGCAAGAAGGGCACACUGACAGCCGAUGAGUUCAAGGAGUUGGUCCAGCUCCAGCUGCCCAACCUGAUGAAGGAUGUCCCCUCCCUGGAGGAGAAGAUGAGUGAGCUGGAUGUGAACAAUGAUGAGGAGCUGAAAUUCGGCGAGUACUGGCGGCUGAUCGGGGAGCUGGCGAAGGCCAUGAGGAGGGAGAAGGCAGGGAAGAAGUGAUGGGGCUGGAGGGGAGACUCGGCCGAUGCAGAGUUAAUAAAAGAGGUUUCCCUGAGCCUGGUCAUCACUCUU